AUGCAUGAAUAUAAAAUUGUUGUAUUAGGAAGUGGUGGUGUUGGUAAAUCUGCUCUUACAGUUCAAUUUGUUCAGGGAAUAUUUGUUGAAAAGUAUGAUCCAACAAUUGAAGAUAGUUAUCGAAAACAAGUUGAAAUUGAUGGACAAUCAUGUAUGCUUGAAAUACUUGAUACUGCUGGAACUGAACAAUUUACUGCAAUGCGUGAUUUAUAUAUGAAGAAUGGACAAGGUUUCUUACUAGUUUAUUCAAUAACUUCACAAUCAACAUUUAAUGAUCUUAUAGAUCUUCGUGAACAAAUUAUUCGUGUAAAAGAUACUGUAAAUGUACCAAUAAUUCUUGUAGGAAAUAAAUGUGAUAUAGAAAAUGAACGUAUUGUUAAAAAAGACCAAGGUCAAAGUUUAGCACGUACAUUUAACUGUCCAUUUUUUGAAACUUCAUCAAAAACAAAAUUAAAUGUUCAAGAAGUUUUUCAUGAGCUUAUUAGACAAAUAAAUCGCCGUUACCCAGAUUCUGGUAAACGAAAUAAAUCAGAAAAAGAAUGCUGUUGCAGUAUAAUGUAA